GCUUCUGAGCUCUCCGCAGAGGUGCGCAAGAGAGAAGGAGGCGCAGGACGCACAGAGGAAACUUUGGAGAGUAGCUGUGGGAACCCUGAAAUCCGCAGCGCGUAAAGUAGUGCGUCUCCGCAAGCCUCUACACUAAAAAAGAAGAUUUAACCACAGCUGCGCAACUUUUGUUUCAUCUCACCUGUGAAAAUGUCCGGUGACCGUUUGAGCACGGCGCUGGCAGUGGCUUUGCUCGCCUGCGCUGCGCAAUGUAUGCCGAAAGGGACGAAUAAACAUAGAAGACAAGCGCAGGAACAUUCGGUGGCAUCCGUGUCCCAAGAUGGUUGUAUUGAGCAGGGGCACUUUUAUGGAGUUGGAGAGCAAUGGGAACGCAGCUAUCUGGGCAGAACAGUUCUCUGCACUUGUCACGGAGUGUCUGGUAUUAAGUGUAUAUCGAAGCCUGAUGCUGAGGAGACCUGCUAUGAUAAAGUUAAUGGCCGCUCCUAUCGGGUUGGAGAGACCUAUGAGAGACCCAAAGAUGGGAUGAUCUGGGACUGUACGUGCAUUGGCUCUGGUCGAGGGAAAAUCAGUUGCACCAUUGCAAACCGCUGUCAUGAGGGGGGUGAAUCCUACAAGAUUGGAGACACCUGGAGGAGGCCCCACGAUACUGGAGACUACAUGCUCGAGUGUGUCUGUUUGGGCAAUGGGAAAGGGGAAUGGACGUGCAAACCUGUUGCGGAGCGCUGUUAUGACAAUUCAGCUGGGACAUCGUAUAUGGUUGGUGAGACCUGGGAGAAGCCCUACCAAGGCUGGAUGAUCGUGGACUGUACCUGUCUAGGGGAAGGAAGUGGACGCAUCACAUGCACAUCUAGAAACCACUGUAAUGACCAGGACACACGCACGUCUUACCGCAUCGGAGACACGUGGAGUAAGACAGAUUCUCGCGGACACGUGCUGCAGUGUUUGUGUACUGGUAACGGCCGUGGAGAGUGGAAGUGUGAGAGACAUGCCUCACUGCGCACCACCAGCCUGGGUACCGGCACUCGUGUGGUUACCAACGUCCAGCCCGCCGUGUUCCAGCCUGUGCCUGUGCCCGAAUACCCUGCGGAGGGAACGUGUGUGACAGACGCAGGUGUUUCCUACUCUCCGGGCAUGCGCUGGAUCAAGACCCAAGGAAGCAAACAGAUGUUGUGUACCUGCUUGGGGAACGGCGUCAGCUGUGAAGAAUGGGAUGGCCAGACUCGGGUGUAUGGUGGCAGUUCAGACGGCCAGCCUUGCGUGUUCCCGUUCGUGUUCACUGGGAAAACGUUUUAUUCGUGCACUUCUGAGGGACGCAGCGAUGGACAGCUCUGGUGCAGCACCUCGUCUGACUUUGAGAAAGAUUACAAGUUCUCCUUCUGUACUGAAAAGAAUGCUAUGGUUGCAACCAGAGGAGGAAACUCUAAUGGUGCCUUGUGUCAGUUCCCUUUCCUCUACAACGGUCGAAAUUACACCGACUGCACUGCUGAUGGCAGAAGAGACGGAAUGAAAUGGUGCGGCACCACUUACAACUUCGACAGAGAGCGGCGCUUUGGCUUCUGUCCCAUGGCAGCCCAUGAGGAGGUGUGCACCACCGUUGAGGAUGUGAUGUAUCGCAUCGGCGACCAGUGGGACAGACGUCAUGACGUUCUGGGUCACAUGAUGCGCUGCACGUGUGUUGGUAACGGACGUGGAGAAUGGAGCUGCAUCGCCUACUCGCAACUGAAAGACCAGUGCAUUGUGGAUAGUUUGUCGUACGAAGUAAAUCAGACUUUCACUAAACUACACGAAGAGGGCUACAUGAUGAACUGCACCUGUUUCGGUCAAGGCCGUGGACGCUGGAAGUGUGACAUUAUCGAUCAAUGUCAAGAGCCGGAGACCAGAGUCUUCUAUCAGAUCGGAGAGUCCUGGAACAAAAUUAUUCAAGGAAUCCACUACAAAUGUUACUGCUAUGGAAAUGCCAUUGGAGAAUUGAGCUGCGAGCCUCAGCAGUCUUUCCCUGGUGGUCAUCGUCCAGUUCAGGUGAUUAUAACGGAAUCUGGCAACCAGCCCAACUCCCACCCUAUCCAAUGGAAUGCCCCGCCUUCUGCACACAUCACACAGUACAUACUCAAAUGGAGACCGAAAAACACUCAUAGCCAGUGGAUGGAGGUCAGUAUUCCAGGCCAUCAGAACUCUUACACCAUUGCUGGACUGAAGCCAGGAAUCACCUAUGAGGGUCAACUCAUCGGUAUUCUGCGUUUCGGACGUCGAGAAGUCAAUCGCUUUGACUUUACCACAACCUACGGUUCCUUGGUGCCCUCUGAGGGAGAGACCACCCAGCCCCCUCCGGUCGUGGACACCUCUGAGUCUGUGACUGAGAUCACCUCCAGCAGUUUCGUCAUCUCUUGGGUGUCCGCGUCUGACACAGUGUCUGGAUUCAGGGUGGAAUAUGAGCUGAGUGAGGAGGGAGGUCAAACUGGAGAGCCCAUUGUGUUAGACCUGCCUCAUACGGCUUCGUCAGUGAACAUUAGUGAACUUCUUCCAGGCAGGAAAUACACAGUUAAUGUGUAUGAAGUGACUAACCAAGGAGAACCGAAUCUGAUCCUUACCACUUCCCAAACUACAGCUCCUGAUGCUCCUUCUGACCAUGAUGUGGAGAAUGUGGAGGAGACCUCCAUGGUUAUCAGCUGGUCCAAACCUCUGGCUCCCAUCACGGGCUACCGUGUGGUGUACACACCAUCAGAAGAAGGCAGUUCGGGCAGCACUGAGUUGAACCUGCCUAACACCGCCACCUCCGUGACCCUGAGUGACCUUCGACCCGGUCGGCUUUAUAACAUCAGUAUAUUCUCUGUGGAAGAGAAUUUAGAGAGCGAGCCUGUUUUUGUACAGGUCACCACUUCUGGGGAACCCCUGAAAGAGGAAGUGUCAUCUCCAACUGAUCUGCAGUUCUUCGAGGUGUCUGACUCCAAGAUCACCAUCACUUGGUCCGGUCCAUCCACAGAAGUGUCUGGUUACCGCGUAUCCUUGGCUAAAGUGGGUUCAGACGGGCUGAUCGAGAAACAGACGGCACUGCCAGAAACACAAAACUCUUACUAUGAGUUCACGCACCUUCAACCUGGAAUUCUUUACCGUUUCUUCAUCUUUGCUCUCAAGUCAGGGGAGGAGAGUGAACCACUGGUUGGGGAGCAAGCUACAAAGCCUGAUCCACCCCCCAGUAUCCACUUCACUAACAUCGAUGAAGACAGCGCUGUGAUCAUAUGGUCCGCUCCCAGGGCUCAAAUCACAGGUUACCGCCUUUUCCUCACUUUUGAGGGCUCGAACCCCAUACAGCUUCGUAUUCCCACCCGCCUGUCACAGUACACCCUUCUCAACCUGCAGCCGGAUACUGAAUACACCGCCACCCUGCACGCCGAGAAGAACAACGUGCUCAGCGAGGGUUCAUCUGCCACCUUCACCACACUUCAACCAAUGGGAAGUGCUCCUGUCUUCAGCACUAAUGUCACAGACACGGCCAUCAUCAUCACCUGGACCCCUGCGCCUAGAAUUGCUUACAAUGUGAACGUGAGGCCCAGUCAAGGUGGAGAAGCCCCCCAAGACAUGACCUCCGAGUCUGGUAAUAUCUUCAUCUCAGGCCUGACACCUGGAGUUGAGUACACUUACAGCGUGCAGCCGGUCAUCAACGGCCAUCAUCACGGCAGCCCCAUCACUCGACGUGUGGUCACCCCUCUUUCUCCACCCACUGACCUGAACCUGGAGUCCAACCCAAACACAGGAGAGCUGAUCGUUCAAUGGGCCGAUGCCAAAACUCCAGACAUCACGGGCUACAGAGUGACUUGCACCCCCACCAACGGGCAGCAGGGGAACUCACUGGAGGAGUUUGUAAAGGCAGGACAGACCUCGUGCACUUUGGAUAACCUGAGUCCAGGAGUGGAGUACAAUGUCAGCGUGUUUACUGUGAAGGACGACAUGGAGAGCGUUCCCGUCUCCUCCACUGUGACUCCAGAUGUGCCCAAAAUAACUGACCUUAACUUUAUCAACGUCACUGACUCCACCAUCGGCCUCACCUGGAAGCCCCUGAACUCCACGGCUGUCACUGGGUACCGCAUCACCGUGUUGGCUGCUGGAGACAGUCUACCAAUUCUUGUUGAAUAUGUGGAGCCCACGACAGGCUUUUAUACCGUGCACGGACUGGAGCCCGGCAUUGAUUAUGACAUCACCAUCACCACCGUCACGGAAAAUGGCGAGAGCGAGCCCAUCACCAUCACUCAGCAGACAGCUGUCCCUGCCCCAUCUGAUUUAUCAUUCGAUGGAGUGAAGGCAGACAGUAUGAGGGUAACCUGGAAACCCCCUAAGGUGCAUAAAUCCUCUGAUAUUGAACGCUACAUCAUCCACUAUCACCCAGUCGAUGACGACGAUGACACCGUCGAGCAGAUUGUGAUGGGAAACGCUGAUUUUAUCGUUCUUUACAAUCUAGUGGCCAACACCGAGUACCUGGUGAGUGUGCAGUCUGUCUAUGAGGGUAGAACGAGCUCACCUGUCAUUGGCACUCAGAGAACAGUCCUGGAUUCUCCGGUCUCCCUGCAGUUUUCUGAUAUCGGCACCAACUCUUUCACCGUGCGCUGGCAGGCUCCUCGAGCCGUGAUCUCAGGAUAUCUUAUCAGCUACCAGAUGACCAGGGGGGGGCGUGCCAGAGAGGAGAGACUGCCCCCGUCGAGAAGCCACUUCACUCUCACGGGCCUGACCCCGGAGACGGAGUACAGCAUCAGCAUCUUUGCCGUCAGCGGAAACCGUCAGAGCCUGCCACUGACUGGAACUCAAUCUACCAUUUCUGACGCCCCAACUGAUCUGGAGGUUAUCUCCUCAACGCCAACCAGCAUCACUGUUCGCUGGGACGCCCCCUCUGUCACUGUGCGGUACUACAGGAUCACACAUGGAGAGUCAGGAGGUUUAGAUGCUCCUCAGGAAUUUACUGUCUUUGGCUCGCAAUCUACUGCCACCAUUGAAGGUCUCCGUCCUGGCACAGAUUACACCAUCACCGUAUAUGCCGUGACCGGCAGAGGGGACAGUCCUGCCUCCAGCACCCCCAUUCAUGUUAUUCACAGAACAGAUAUUGACUCUCCAUCCAAGAUGGAGGUGACUGACGUUAAGGACAACACUAUUACUGUACGCUGGAGUCCAGCAGCAGGUCCCAUCUCAGGGUAUCGUGUCACAGGAACGCCACUAAAUGGACAGGGACCUGUUUUCUCUGAAGUGGUGGCUCCAGACCAGACUGAAAUGACAUUCUCUGGCUUGAUGCCGACAGCGGAGUACACUGUCAGCGUAUAUGCGCUCGGUCAGGAUGGAGAAAGCCCCCCAUUGGUUGAAACUGUGGUCACAACUGUGGACAAACCUAAAGACCUAAGCUUCACUGACGUGGACUCCACCUCCAUGCGCAUCUCCUGGGACAGUCCUGAUGGUGUGGUGUCCUCAUACAGAGUGUUAUACUACAGUCCAGAAGAGGGCGAGAGAGAGCUGUUCCCCGCCCCGCGUGGAGAAGAUGAAUUUGCAGUGCUUCAUGGCCUCAGACCUGGCACAGAGUACACGGUUAAAGUCAUUGCUUUGCAUGACCGGACCCCCAGCACUCCUCUGGUGGCCACGCAGACAACAGCUAUUCCUGGACCCACCAGUUUGGUCUUCUCCCAAGUGAGUCGAACAUCCUUCACCGUCUCCUGGCCAUCUUCCAACGUCAAGCUGACAGGUUACCGCGUGGCCAUCACCCCCAAGAGUAAGAGUGGCCCCACUAAGGAGGUCAGCAUCGCCCCUGACUCCACCGAGUUCCACGCCACCGCACUCAUGCCUGGCACCGACUAUGAAGUAGAGGUUUAUGGUGUAAAGGAUUCCCUCACCAGCCAACGUGUUAAAGGAGAAGUCACGACACCUGACAACAUCAGCCCACCUCGUCGUGUUCGUAUAUCCAACGUAAAAGAUUCCUCCAUCACCCUCACCUGGCGCUCGAAGAUCGAAACUAUCUCCGGAUUCCUCGUAGAAGCCACGCCCACCAUUGGUGGCCAUAAACCUGUUCAGAGAAUCGUCGAACCCGAUUCACGCACAUAUACGAUUACAGGUCUGAUGCCAGGAACCAACUAUAAGAUCAAUAUCUUUACUCUGAAUGGAAAUGCACGCAGUCAGCCGUUCACCCUUACAGCUACUACAGCCAAACCAGUUAUAAGCCCUCCUACAAAUAUUCAGUUCACCUCUCUGACCCCCACCACCAUCUCCUUCGUCUGGGAGCCUCCACGGAGCACCAUCACUGGAUAUUACAUCACGUAUGAGAAGCGUGGAGAUGUUCCACAAGAGUUGACUCCUAGACGUCUGGCUGGCACGACCUUUGCUGUUAUCUCUGGUUUGAAACCAGACACUGAAUACGUCAUCAAAAUUGUUGCUUUAAAUAACGCUCAGAGAAGCAUUCCGCUGGUUGGAAAAGCAAAAACCCAAGUGCAAAGUCUACCGCUGCCCCCCCAGUUGCCCGUACCCAGCCGACCUCUUCAUGAAAUCCUGGAUGUCCCAGAAGACAAUGACAACUUCAACAACCACGUGCAUGUGUUGGGGCCAAACAGAGACAACACACUGGGGCAGCAGGGCCAACGUAUCUACACCGAAUAUCAGAGCUUCAACCUGGGCAACAAUGGCCAGCACGCAGCAAACCAGCACAAGCCCCUGGUCUACAUCCCCCUGCCGGGAGCCGAUGGCCAGAGAGUUCCAGUGGUGAAGGUGAACGAGGGUCCUGAAUCAGGAUUCCCCUUCUUAGACCUUUACAAUGAGACAAACCUGCCACAGGAAUCUCAGACCCAGACCACAAUCAUUUGGCAGCCUGUGCCGCACACUUCGGAGUAUGUUGUGUCCUGCAGUCCCAUCACGGAGAUCAAUGAGAAGAGUUUCCAGAUGCGUCUGCCUGGCACAUCCAAUAGCGCCACACUGAUCGGUCUCACUUCUGGUGCCUCCUAUAACGUUGUUGUGGAGUCUGUCAAUGGAGAGCAAAAACAAAAAGUUUUGGAAGACGUCGUGACGGUCAGAAACAGCGUUCCAGGUGCUGGAGGGAUUCCUACAAGCAGGGAUGUGUGUUAUGAUACAUUCACCGCCACCUACCACGAGGUGGGCGCGGAGUGGGAGCGUAUGUCAGAGACGGGCUUUAAACUCUGGUGCAAGUGUCUCGGUCUUGGCAGUGGCCAUUUCAGAUGUGAUUCAUCCAAGUGGUGUCAUGACAACGGCCACAACUACAGAAUUGGCGAAAAGUGGGACCGUCAUGCUGAGAACGGUCACAUGAUGAGCUGUACCUGUCUGGGCAAUGGCAAAGGAGAAUUUAAGUGUGAACCCCAUGAGUCCACCUGCUAUGAUGAUGGGAAGGUGUACCAGGUUGGCAACCAGUGGCAGAAGGAGUAUCUCGGAGCCAUCUGCACCUGCACCUGUUAUGGAGGACAACAGGGCUGGCGUUGUGAGAGUUGCCGUAGGCCUGGUGCUGAAGUUGAUGUGGACCUUAUUCAGCCUCCAGGGCGCACGGAUGUUUUCGACCGCUACAGAGAGAACGCCCUACGCAAACUAAACAUCCAAUGUCCUAUUGAGUGCCUUAGACCAGACCUGCUAGCAGAUGCCCAGAGUCCUUAAGAAGAAGUGUGCAUAUUAGUUUUGGCCAAUUUCGGAGAGGACAUGGCCCACAGAGACUGUUAUUAGCUCCCUCAGUGUCCUACUCUUCACUCACACUGCAAACUCUGUCCUGCUGCUUUCACCCUGCCGCCCACCUGUGACAUCACGCCUCUUCUGAUUGGGUGGUUUUUUUAAUCUGUGCCUGUUUAGAGGUAAUCCAUUAAAACGGAGCGUUACCGUCCAUAUUCAUCAAGCUUACAGUGAAUGACCUCUAAAGUUUUGUGCAAGGUCCUUCUGGAAUCACCUGCAGUGAAUCAACACUUCUUGCCUUUGUUUUUCAGUAUUAUUGCCUGGUGUCUGAUUUCAGUGUUUUUUAUAUAAAUUUUGUGAGUUUGUAUUUUUGUCAGUGAUAUUAGUGAUCUUUUCUAAAACAAGCACUGUCUUACAAUGAAAACCUUUGUGCCUUGUAGGCAUCUUUUUAUGAUGUAAUAUUCACCCCUCUUUAAUCUGAUUGGUUGGUUAAAAUCUGUGGCCUUUGUGUCCGCCAGGAGACAAAGGAAAGCACUGUUUUAAUGAAGUAAAAUCUUUUCUUUAUUUAUCCCUUUUAUCUUUGAGUUUGGAUGGAAUUCAGAUUAUGGGUGUAUACUGUUUUAUGUUUGUGUUUUAGGUGCCAAAGUCUUAACUACUGUGGACAAAAUACUUUUUAAUAAAACAUUUUUACAAAAAAGACUCACUGAAGCUGUUUAUUUGAUGGAAGCUCUCAUAGAGACUUAAAGGUAGUUCAACCCAAAAUACAAAUUAUUUUCAAUCUGUAUGACUUUCUUUUGCAGAAAACAAAAACAGAUAUUUUGAAGAAUGACAACAUUAGACCCCAUUGACUUCUAUUGUAUGAACACAAAACCACUGACACAUUUCUCAAAAUAUCUUCUUUUGUGUUCCACAGAUGAAAGAGUCUUAAUCUAGGCUUUAAAUGACAUUAUUAAAUAAUGACAGAAUAUGUAUUUUUGAUAAGCUCAAAAAUGAAGAAAAAAAAUAUUUUUGGGGUGAACUAUCACUUUAAUAUCUGUAUUGGCUGUUAAUAAGUUAUAAUCACAUAAUGUAAUCACAGCUGUGCUGAUAAGCAACAGCUACAUUUUUAGUGUGAUAUUGCAUUCACACAAUCAUACACAAUCUCCAUUAAUCACAAUUUUGUUAUUAAACAACUUCAUUUAGACACAAUUUGGCUGGUCAAUUAGACACUCAUUUUUACCAUGUCCUUACUGAAUGUUGAAUAAAUGUUCACUUUUUAUUUUCUUGCUUGGUGUCACUCUGAUUCUAAGAAGAGAUGUGUACACAAAAUGUGUUUGUAUUUUAAUGUUUUUAAGAGAAUGAUAUGAUGUUAUCACACUAGACUGCACUCACCUCUGGAAUUAUCACGUAACUGAUUACUAGUUACUGUAUAACUUACUUGUUAUAGCGAGA